AUGCCAGGACCACUGUUCACCGAACUGUUUUACCGCAUGUCCAAUGACGCCAACAUAUUACAGCGAUAUGUUCUCGGUUACGAAAUCGGUACAGCUGCACCUAUCUAUCUCAUAUACAAUACUGCAGCCCGCAAUUCGUCCCGAAGGAUGAUCGAGGACGCCCUGGAACGCAUGGAUGCAGAUUACGAACUCGUUCAUGAAUUUUCUCAAAAGAUCAGCAGGAUUGAACGUACUCUACGACGACAACGCGCCAUACUCCACAAUUUCCUUGAACCCGUGGCUGCCCUUCCUAUGGAAGUUUUGCAACGAAUCUUCCUUCAUGCCAUUCAGCCAAAGGAAUAUGUAGGUGGGAAGCAUCUUCCUUCUCCUAUCACCCUCAGCCAAGUCUGCUCGACAUGGAGGCGUGCGGCUCAAUCGUAUCCCCGAUUAUGGACUAUGGUGCGACUGGAACUUUGUAAUCAUUAUUCCUACGCGCCAUACGCCCGUUAUUCUAAAGGUCUCCCUUUAGAGCUUCAUGAGCCUCGGAAGCAAUAUUUCAGGGUUUCAAGGAUGCGGGGGCUGGGAAGCAAUGAAGUCCAAGGUCGGAUAACCGCGCUAUCUUUGCCACUAGAUCGAGAAGAUGAUUGGGACGCAAUCGUUUCUGGUGAUUCCAGUGAUUUCUGGGAAGAAAGGGGAGUGUUCAACCGCGAAUCUAUUGAACGCCUAGCUUUGUUCGCGAUCCGUGACGAGGAAGAUGCCGAUAUUUACAGGGAAGCGUUGGCGCAUCUUCCAUCACUCCGUCACCUCUCCCUUGACAACAUUUUCAUUCUAUUGUCCACCACUCAGCUAGCAAACCUUGUCACUCUCGCUAUCUCCAAAGCUGACAUCGGUAGCCCAGAGCUUGUUAAGUUCAUCAAUGCCUGCCAAAAUAUUCAAGAAUUGACCCUGGACCGCAUAUCCAUCCUUUGGGACAAGGACGAGGCCAUCACUCGACAGGGGUCAAUCACAUUUCUCCAUACACUUUCUGUUGGCCAUCUAGACCAUACUGCUGCAAGAUUUCUUGCCUCUUACGAGAUGCCUCGGCUCCAAUAUUUUGCGCUGAGUUUAACAGACAAUAAGGAAAAUGACUACUGGGAUUCUAUUGAUGUCACCUCUGGUGAUUGUCAUAAUUUGAAGCCACUGCGCAUGGUGAGGGACUUUAUAGCAAAUACACCGACGAUCAAGGCUGUUGCCUUGAAAAGCGGAAUGAAAACCGUAUCUUAUGCCCUCAAAAGAUUAUGGCCCCAUCCAUUUCACCAGGGGCAUGACAAUCUCCCUAGCCUCACGCACCUCACCAUUUCUCUUUUGGGGCGUCUUGGAGGACCUCUGGAGGACAUAAUCAAUGUUAACGUCCUAAUUAAAGCUCACUUAGAAGGCUAUCAGGCGGUGUCAAGACCGCUUCAGAGGUUAACCGUACCCCGCUGCAUAUUUGAGGAUGAUGUGAAUUGGGUCCGAAGCCGGGUGGUAGAGUUGGAACUGACCGAUUGA